AUGGCAAAGAUUAAGAUCAAUGUAUUUAAUCUUACGCCAUUAAAUAAAGUGUUUGCAUGCUGCAAGAUAGGAGUAUUUCAUACAAGCCUUGUAAUCGAUAAUAAGAUCGAAUAUUAUUAUGGAUUUUCAAUGUAUGGGUGCACAGGAAUAGAUAGUCCAGAAAAGGUAAAUCAUCUUCCAUCAGUUAUGAAUGGAUCUUUUAAUUCAUCCUAUGAAAUCGGUGAAACUUCAUUAACACGGAUGGAAUGUCGUGAAAUUUGCAGACAGCUAAAGCAAUCACCUGAAUGGCUCAGCGAUUUUUAUAAUAUAUUAUAUCAUAAUUGCAACCAUUUUACCUUAGAACUCUGUAAACUUUUGGUUGGUGAAAACAAUAUGCAGAAUUAUCCUUAUUGGGUUGUAAGAGGUGAAAGGAUAGGAAGAUUCCUUUAUUCUAUAUCGUUAUCACAUUUUUUAUGCUAUCUCAAAAGAUUACCUGGUUUUGGUUCUCCUUAUAAGCCAGCAGAGAUCAAAUUUCCAUCAGAGUCUAAUGAGGAAGAGGAAAAUAUUGAAAAUGUUAAUACUGAAACUAGCAAAAAUGAUACUGUUGAUUAUUGA